AUGGAGGUGUCUAUGCACUACGACUAUGCCAUACUGUUCCAACUGGAAAGUAUCUGGGUUAGGACCCAUCGCUUCAGUUUCUCUUCCGGGCUGCAGCCUGCCAAGAAUGAACCUGAACCAUCUUUUCGUGCAGGCGUCAGUAUGAAGAAUGGCUGUUCUGUACCCGUUGAAUCGAGAAAGAGCUCUCGAUUUGUCAAUCCUUCCAACGUGUCAGCCUGACUGUUCCAACUGGAAAGUACCUGGGUUAGGACCCAUCGCUUCAGUUUCUCUUCCGGGCUGCAGCCUGCCAAGAAUGAACCUGAACCAUCUUUUCGUGCAGGCGUCAGUAUGAAGAAUGGCUGUUCUGUACCCGUUGAAUCGAGAAAGAGCUCUCGAUUUGUCAAUCCUUCCAACGUGUCAGCCUGACUGUUCCAACUGGAAAGUACCUGGGUUAGGACCCAUCGCUUCAGUUUCUCUUCCGGGCUGCAGCCUGCCAAGAAUGAACCUGAACCAUCUUUUCGUGCAGGCGUCAGUAUGAAGAAUGGCUGUUCUGUACCCGUUGAAUCGAGAAAGAGCUCUCGAUCUUUCAAUCCUUUCAAUGUGUCGGCCUGGUGA